UGUAUUAAGAGAUGAAAAGCCAAAAUGAUCGAAAAGAAUAAUCCGGAGGUAAACACUAAGACCAGCGAAACACCUGGCAAAUUUGGCAAUGAAAUGAGUACUGAGAAAUAGACGAGGGCAACAAAACACAAUGAAAUCAGAUAUUACCAGCGUAUUACCAGAAGAGUGCAUUUCUUACAUACUCUCCUUUACAUCCCCAACCGAUGUUUGCAGAUCAAAGCUUGUCUCUCCCGUCUUCAGAUCAGCCGCUAAUUCAGAUACCAUUUGGGGCAAAUUUCUGCCGUCGGAUUGUUAUGAGAUCAUUUCGAAUGCAUCCUCAUCCUUGUCCAAGCGGUUGACUGCUUCCAUGUCCAAGACACAGCUUUAUUUCCAUCUUUGCAAUCGCGGGGUUCUUAUUAACAACGGCACCAUGAGCUUUGGACUGGACAAAGCAACUGGGAAAAAAUGUUAUAUGAUGGGGGCCCGAAGGCUUUCAAUUGCUGAGGUAAACACACCUACCAAAUGGAGAUGGAAGUGUCUGCCUCAGUCUAGGUUCUCUGAAGUUGCUGAGCUCAAACAAGUAUGGUCACUGGAUGUGAAGGGGGUGAUAGAGACUAAAAUUUUGUCUCCUAAGACAGCUUAUGUAGCUUACCUUGUCUAUAAAUUUGCAACAUCUAGAUCUGGAUUUGACAAAAAACCUGUAGACCUGCAUGUCAAGUUAGAAGAAAGUGAUGCUGGGCGUACUUUUCGUGUAUUCCUGGACCCUUCAUCUAAUAUUCCUCAAUUUUCUCGUGAGAGAGGGGAUGGGUGGAUGGAGGUUAAGUUGGGUGAGUUCUUCAAUGAACAUGGAGAUGAUGGGAAAGCUGUUUGUAGGUUACGGGAGGUUGAUAAUUCUACCGCUAAGAAAGGCCUCAUUAUUGAAGGAAUUGAUAUUAGGCCUAAAGAUAGUUGAUAGACAAGAAUUUCCAUAGUAUGCUGUGAUAAAAUUAUUGCUUGUGACAUAUAUAUACAACAUGUUUGGUGGGAAUAUUUGCUAGCGUGGUAUACUAUAGUUGUAGAAGUGGUAUCUUAAUCCAAGUACUACCAAUUUGGAGUGUGACACCAUUUCUUGAUUUUGUGUGAGAAACCAAACCUUUCAAUUUGUUAACUAAAUAUGCUGUCUUAGAAAACCAGUAGAAGCAAAGAGAAGCUGAUCUUCUAGAAAGUGGCUUCUGUUACUUUA